UCAAGCACACUGAGACAGAGCAAGAAGAACUGGAGUGAAGACAGAAAAUAACUUAUACAAGGAACUGUAUCUCUUCACGGCCUUACAUAAUCCUUUGGGAGCACCACAGGACAGAAUUAAGAAAAAUAGAGGCUAGAAAGAGGCAAUAAGAAAAAGCAAGCAAUUAGUCUUGAGUGGUGUGUGUAUGUCCAUCUGCUGCUAUGAGCAGGAUAGUGAUUCUCUCUGUACUCCUGCUGUCCCUCAGCUGGUGCAGAUGUGCUGUCAUUACAGGGGCAUGUGACAGGGAUGUGCAGUGUGGUGUGGGUCUUUGCUGUGCCAUGAGCCUGUGGCUCAGAGGCCUGCGUAUGUGCACACCACAGGGACUGGAGGGAGACGAAUGCCACCCAUACAGCCACAAGUUUCCUUUUCCCGGCAAGAGACAACACCACACUUGCCCCUGCCUGCCACACCUGGUGUGCAGCAGGUACAAUGACAACAGAUAUCGCUGUACAAGCGACUUCAAAAACAUAGACUUUUAAUGCUGAAAUGGAGAGCGAAAACAAGAAGAAUGGAGAAGAGAAAUACUUGAAAGAGAAAACAGAAUAGCACAAGAAAAAUACAUAAUAAGUGCCAUAGCACCUUUUAUUUUUGUUUUAUUUAUUUAUUUAUUUUUCAUUUUUCACUCUCAUGCACUUUGUACUACAAAUGCUGUUAUUCAUCUUCCCCAGAAAUGGAUACAUUAUGCCCGCGCCACAAGGUCUACCUCAGAAUCGUUGGUUCACCUUGGCAUCCACUACAUUUUUAUUUCAUAGUAAAAACAUACGUUAGUUUCAUACCUUACCUCAUGCAAACAUACAAGAGGUCACGGUCCACCAGGAAGGAAUCAUAUUUCUGGAUGAAUCCAUGUUUAUUAUGCUGUAAAUUUGU